UUCAAUAUUUUCAAAGGGGAGGAGAUUUUCCACAAGAAAAGGUUGUUUUCAUGUUUGGGAUCCAGGAAAGCAUCCAACGGAGUGGAAGCAGUAUGAAGGAAGAGCCGCUGGGCAGCGGCAUGAACGCGGUGCGGACGUGGAUGCAGGGUGCCGGGGUGCUGGACGCCAACACAGCGGCGCAGAGCGGGGUGGGUCUGGCCCGGGCUCACUUUGAGAAGCAGCCGCCUUCUAAUCUGCGGAAAUCCAACUUCUUCCACUUCGUCCUGGCCCUCUACGACAGACAGGGUCAGCCCGUGGAGAUUGAGAGGACUGCCUUUGUGGGGUUCGUGGAGAAGGAAAAAGAAGCCAACAGCGAAAAGACCAAUAAUGGGAUCCACUACCGGCUCCAGCUCCUCUACAGCAAUGGGAUAAGGACUGAACAGGACUUCUAUGUGCGCCUCAUCGACUCCAUGACAAAGCAGGCCAUAGUGUACGAAGGCCAGGACAAGAACCCUGAAAUGUGCCGCGUGUUGCUCACACAUGAGAUCAUGUGCAGCCGCUGUUGUGACAAGAAAAGCUGUGGCAACCGAAAUGAGACUCCCUCAGAUCCAGUGAUAAUUGACAGAUUCUUCCUGAAGUUUUUCCUUAAAUGCAACCAAAAUUGCCUAAAGAAUGCUGGAAACCCACGUGACAUGCGGAGAUUCCAGGUCGUGGUGUCUACCACAGUCAACGUGGAUGGCCAUGUCCUGGCAGUCUCCGAUAACAUGUUUGUCCACAAUAAUUCCAAGCAUGGGCGGAGGGCUAGGAGGCUUGACCCCUCGGAAGGUACGCCCUCUUAUCUGGAACAUGCAGCUACUCCCUGUAUCAAAGCCAUCAGCCCGAGUGAAGGAUGGACAACGGGAGGCGCGACUGUGAUCAUCAUAGGGGACAAUUUCUUUGAUGGGUUACAGGUCAUAUUCGGUACCAUGCUGGUCUGGAGUGAGUUGAUAACUCCCCAUGCCAUCCGUGUGCAGACACCUCCUCGGCACAUCCCCGGUGUUGUGGAAGUCACAUUGUCUUACAAGUCCAAGCAGUUCUGCAAAGGGACUCCAGGCAGAUUCAUCUAUACAGCACUCAAUGAACCCACCAUCGACUAUGGUUUCCAGAGGUUACAGAAGGUCAUUCCCCGGCAUCCUGGUGACCCGGAGCGCUUGCCGAAGGAAGUGAUCCUUAAAAGGGCUGCAGAUCUUGUUGAAGCCCUGUAUGGGAUGCCCCACAACAACCAGGAGAUUAUCCUGAAGAGAGCUGCUGACAUUGCAGAGGCUCUGUACAGUGUCCCUCGCAACCACAACCAGCUCCCAGCCCUUGCUAAUACUUCGGUCCAUGCAGGGAUGAUGGGAGUGAACUCCUUCAGUGGACAACUGGCUGUGAAUGUCUCUGAGGCAUCACAAGCCACCAAUCAAGGUUUCACCCGCAACUCAAGCAGCGUGUCACCACAUGGGUAUGUGCCGAGCACCACCCCCCAGCAGACCAACUAUAACUCUGUCACCACGAGCAUGAAUGGUUAUGGCUCUGCCGCCAUGUCCAAUUUGGGUGGCUCCCCAACCUUCCUCAAUGGCUCAGCUGCCAACUCACCCUAUGCCAUUGUGCCAUCCAGCCCCACCAUGGCCUCCUCUACAAGCCUCCCCUCCAACUGCAGCAGCUCCUCGGGCAUCUUCUCCUUCUCACCAGCCAACAUGGUCUCUGCCGUGAAACAGAAGAGUGCGUUUGCACCUGUCGUCAGGCCCCAGACCUCCCCGCCUCCCACCUGCACCAGCACCAACGGGAACAGCCUGCAAGCGAUAUCUGGCAUGAUUGUUCCUCCCAUGUGAAAGAAUUGCCUUGAAGAAUUUUAUUAACGAAGAGGUUGGAUUCUGCUACGAAAGCAAUCUGAUAUGAGUCCCAGAGUGGAACUUUUAACUCAGGCCUUUUUAAGAGGAUCACACAAUAACUGCGGAUUUUUAAACAAAAUCACCGACCUUGCAAAUGCUGAAAUUGGAAAGGGGGUCUGCCAGAGCAGGGUGUUGGUUAAACUUGUACCCCCAAGUAUCUGGGGGAUAUAUUUAUUCUGUAUUGAUAAAAGCAAACCCACAGUUUCUUUUUCUUUUUUUUUUUUAAGCUUAACUCUGCAAUCAUUUGUCUUUUAUAAACCAUAAAGCUACACACAAGGGCCACUAUAAAUAAGACUCCAUGUUUUAAUUUAUGAUGUUUUUAAAGCUGUGUAAGGGGAGAAUGAAGUGGUGAUAUUUACAAAAAAGCUAAAAGUUAAAAAAAAAAAAAAAAAACAGAGAAAAAACUUAAAAAAAAAAAAAAAAAAAAGCUUGUAUGGGACAGAAUAGGAAUGCCAGUUAGAUUUUUUUAGAGAACUAAGGGUCGGCUUUUGCGCCUUAAAGCAUAUCAAUGGUAGAUAGCUCAGACAGUGCAUUUUCAGUAUCUAACUUCACAUGCCACCCCUUAGCAGUUCUGCAAGCUUCUUUCUCUCUUUUGUAUGGUUGUCUUAAGUAACUGUGUAAAUAACUGCAGCCUGGAAGUUACCAAGCGACAUACAUGAUCACAUUUUCCCCUUGUACUCAGAAAAUCCAGUGCCUCUAGACAGAUUGUUUUUCUUUAAAAAAAAAAAAA